AGCAUUUUCGGUUUAUUUCCAUAUUUGUCAUCUCCGUUCCCAUUUCUCUUUCUUAUAGGAAAACAAGACUCAGCCCCCAAACAAAACCGAAACACACGGAAAAAAAAAAAUGGUAUCGGACUCGGAUCUUAUCGCCCGGCUCCACGAGUUUCUCCGGAACUCGGACCUGACCACGACGAGCACCGCCACCGUGCGCCGGAAGCUGGAGGAGGAUUUCGGCGUGGAUUUGACGGACAAGAAGGUCUUUAUAAGAGAACAGGUCGACUUGUUCCUCCAGAGCGAGCAAGAGAGACUCGCCGAAAUUGAACAAGACGGAGAGGAGGAUGAUCGGACGGCCGAGGUUCAAUCUCAACAAUCCGACGUCGACGACGACGACGACGACGAUGAUCAAGAAGAAGUAGUUGAAGAAUCCAGUAAUGGGAAGCGUAAAAAACGGUCUAACAAACUUAGUAAUGAGGUCAAGAAAAGAGGGGGUGGUUUUACCAAAUUAUGUGGCCUUUCUCCACAACUUCAGGAAUUCCUUGGGGCGUCUGAAAUGGCAAGGACUGAGGUCGUCAAGCAACUCUGGGUCCAUAUUAGAGAGAAAAAUUUGCAAGACCCUAGUAAUAGGCGAAAUAUAAAUUGUGAUGAACCAUUGCGUGGCCUUUUUGGUGUUGAUUCCAUCAACAUGUUCCAAAUGAAUAAGUCCUUAUCAAAGCAUAUCUGGCCGUUAAAUUCAGACGAUGUUGUGCCAGUGAAGUCAACACCAAAGGAAAAGCAUCAGAAGCAAGAAAAAGAGGAAGAUCCAGAUGAGCCAAAAAAGAAGGAGAAGAGGCAGAAGGGAGGGAAAUCGGGUUUUCUUGCUCCUCUUCAACUUUCGGAUGCCCUAGUAAAGUUCUUUGGUACUGGGGAAAGUGCAUUAUCACGGGCAGAUGUUGUGAAGAGAAUGUGGGAAUACAUAAAACAAAACAACCUCCAGGACCCAUCUGACAAGAGGAGAAUCAUAUGUGAUGGGAAGCUGAAAGAACUCUUUGAUGUCGAUUCCUUUCAUGGUUUCACAGUUUCAAAACUCUUAACUGUUCAUUUCAUCAAGACAGAACAAUGAGUCACUUACGCGGAUCAAGCCCAAGGAUAUGGAAGUUUUGCUACUAAAUUUAGUGUAGCUUUUUAGUGUUUCGUUUGGUGGUUCUUUCAUGUAUCUUUUUGUAAGGCCCACAAAGAGGGCAAAUAGAAAAAAAUUAAAAAAGAAAAAAAAAAUAGUCUCUUUUUUUUCCCUAACAUUUCGUAUGACAUUGUCAUGUCUUCUUUAGCCGCUGCUGAAAUUUUAGCAUUCUUUGUUAAGGCCAAAAACUGGAGAUUUUCGGUACAGAGUGCCUCCACUGCAGUCUUUCAGUAGACUGAACAUGUUGCCUUUCAACUUAAUUUGAUAUUUCUGGAUUUUGGUUGUGA